UUAUUAAUUACAUUGAAAGAUUAUUUAAGAAUGAUUAGAAGAAUCAGAGAGAUCGUUAUAUAUCCGAACGAAUUUACUUGAAUGAGUUCACAUCCCAUUCGACCUUUCAUCAUAAUAUGGAUUUUGAUCUAUUAUGAUUUAGAGAAGUCAUAGUACAAAUUUCUAUUGGUAGCGGUUUAAUACCUAUACAUGAUAAUAUUUAUGUAGAUAAAUUAAAGGAUUUAUAAAAACGAGUUUAUUCCAAGUGGCCGACGGGAUCGAUAAACGAUUUUUCAUCGCGUAAACGAUUGUUUGUUUGUUUUUUCCAUCACCACGUAUUUGAAUGGAUAAUAAGAAUUAACAUUAUUAUAUUUUCUAAAUUGUGAAAUUGACGAAGGAUUUGAAAACUUCAAAGUGAUCUUUAUGCAAGGUGUUAUUUAAAAAAAAAAAGAAAAAAAAAUCAAACCAAUUCCAACGAACAUUAAGUACAAACACACAUAAAUAUAUACAUAUUUAUUUGUUUUUCAUUGACUUUAUUAUCAUUGGGUAAGAAAGAUUAACUCUAUCUAAACGCAAGCGUCCGUUAACGCGUCUCUUUGUGUAAUACGAUCUCGCGAUGUGGAAGCUUCGAAUUUCCACGUGUUUUGGAAGCUCAUCUUCAAAGUGACUUUCUUAACUUCAAAAACGAGAGAUCAUAUUUUUUCAUUUUCUUUUCAUUUCGAAGAGGUUAUCAGAUGGUAAACCUAUGUGGAAUGGUGAAUCGCGAUAAACAAAUUUGAAAUACUUCAAGAUGCUGUUCAAGGGCAAUAGUUCAAGAUUGGAAUUACUUAUUGGGAAGAUUCAGGCACAUAAAGAACCUUCGCAGGAAGAGCCUCAUAAAACUAAAGAGGCUUUGGGUACCGGAAGUUCCUCUUGGCACAGCGAAGAUGGCGGGCCAACUUCACGAAGAGGAAGAGAAACACCAUCCUCUUGCGCUACGCCAACUUCUGCCAGCUUUCCGUCGGAGCCCGAAAUUGAUGGAGAAGUUGGAAUUGGUACCGACGGUAACAAUCCAACUGCUCCUUAUCCUUGUCAGUUCUGUGAUAGGACUUUUCCACGAUUGAGUUAUCUCAAGAAACAUGAACAGAGCCACGGUGACCAAAUGCCGUACAGAUGCAAUUGGUGUGAGAGAUUGUUCAAGCAUAAGCGGAGCAGAGAUCGUCAUGUGAAGUUGCACACAGGGGAUAGAAGAUAUCGAUGUUCUCAUUGUGAAGCAGCCUUUUCUAGGAGCGAUCAUUUGAAAAUCCACAUGAAAACUCACGACACACAAAAGCCAUACCAGUGUACGGCAUGUUCAAGAGGAUACAAUACAGCAGCUGCAUUGACUUCUCACAUGCAAUCGCAUAAAAAACAUCACCAAGGAACGAGUCAUAAUAGCAACAAGCUCCAAGAUUCGGAUUAUGGUAGAAGAAGCGUCUCUUCUCACAGUACUUCUUCUCCACCGGUACCAAGUUCACCUUCGCCUUCCUUAAACUUAAGUUUAAAUCAGAAAAAUACUUUGAAGACACCACUAGGAACUUCUUGUAGCGCCUCGACAACGCCGAUACUAAGUUCCCCUUUGAAAUUGGCUUGUAUGUAUUGCACAAGAGAUUCCUUUAGUUGUAUGCAACAACUACAAAUGCACGUGCACACGAUGCACCAAGCAAUUCUAAGCGGAGAAAAUCUUGUGGUAGCACCAUCACCAAAUAGAACGACCGAUUCGGUUGUUGAUUGUUCUCGUGAUAAAACAUUGGAUCGACCUGAUAAUAUUUCCAAGGAUCAAGAGAAAAAAUAUGACGAAAGAUCGUUGGAAAAGGAUUAUAAAAAUACUUUUACUUGUUGCCAAUGUACCAUGAAAUUUUCGAGUUUAGCUACGUUAAGAGACCAUUUGAUUUCUAUACAUAGAACCGAUGCUUUUGGCACGUCAUUGAUAAUGUGUCCUCUUUGUGGUCUACCGUGUAGCUCUGCAGCAGCUUACGCUGAACAUUACGUUCUUCAACAUUGUGAGAAUCGUCAAAUAGCUCCACAAAAUCCUCAAGAAUAUAUAAAUCCAAAAUUGAAUGGAAUUUACGAUACGAAAAGUAUGAUAUUACAAAAGAAUAGAGAACAACCUUUGAUAGAACCAGCAGAUCUUACUAGCAAACAUGUUAAAUCAUCUGAGAGCAGUUACACGUCUAGUACACUCCUUUGUGGUCAAUGUGGUGCAGCUUUGAAGGAUUUCGAAUCUUUUCGAGAACACGUUGCUAGACACUUGCAAGCUGAUCAACGAAACGAAAUAACAAGAUAUCUCUGUCCUAAAUGUGAUACGAGUUUUCAAGAUAGAGAAGAUAUGUUAGCACAUUUAACGAAGCAUUUUUUGGGUCAAAUUAGUAAAGAAUACGCUUGCUCUGCUUGCAAGAAACUGUAUCCGCAUCCAGAUUUACUUCAAAGGCAUCUUUUAGAUAGUCAUGCUAAUCAUCUUUACAGAUGUGCACUUUGCAGAGAUACCUUUGAUUCUAGAGUAGCGAUUCAAGUACAUUUUGCUGUUAAGCAUAGUCAAGAAUGUAGAAUAUACAGAUGUAAUGCUUGUACAAUACCAAAUAAUGAAAAUUCAUCUGGAAGUGCACCCGGUGAAGGUCGAAUAUUCUUCAGAAGCGAAAGCGAGAUGGCUAAUCAUGUUAGAAACGUUCAUGCGCCACCAGCCGUGGUGAACAAUAGUCCAGUUGCUACAAGUCCAGCUUCUACGCCAGGAAUGACAGUCAAUUCUGGACCGAGAUGUGUCUUUUGCGGAAUCUACUGUAGCUCCGAACUGGAAUUACAGCUUCAUUUGGCAAGCCAUUCGACUAGUCUUUAUAGAUGUCCCAUUUGCAGAGAAGGCUUUGCUGUUGAAUUUUUAUUGGACAGACAUAUUACUCAAGUACAUCAUACUGGCGAACAUCAAUUAAAUGUUCGAAAUAAUUCACGAGAAAAUGGACGGCUACAUCGACAGACUAGAUCUCAAGAAGAAGUCAAAUCGCAGAAGAGAGGACGUUCGCCAGCGUCGAGUAACAACAACUCUUUGAAUCAACGUGACAAUAACAACAAAAGGCCAAACUUCGGUGUAUCGGGAGGACAACAAUGUGAGCUAUGCGAGCGUGGUGAAUUCGCAAAUGAAGCUGAACUGCAAGCUCACAAAAAGUUAGCUCACCCAUCUUCGAAAGUUCCAAGCAAAAGUUCUUUAUCAAGUCUGAGCAUGACUUGUGCUUAUUGCGGGGAAGUCUGUCGAUCAAGAAACGAACUGGAAUCUCAUAUGAGAAUGCAACAUACUUCGACCGAGCAUGGUGGUCGACAUAAGUGUAAUAUCUGUGACGAAGUCUGUCCUUCGGGCGCUAUUUUAGCUGAGCACAAGCUUCAGAAACAUUGUAAGAUUCAACUAAGCGAUACUUGUGUCGUUUGUCGUGGAAAUUUAUCAAACGAAACAUUAUUCCUUGAACAUGUACAAAGACACAGCUUAGAAAAUGUAGAUCCUCAACAAAGGCUGGAUAAUUCUUUGCCUCAUCUUCCAGCACCAUGCGUUGUUUGUAGACAAACUCUUAUCAGCGACUUGGAAUGUCGUCUUCAUGCUCGUCAUCAUCUUAGAACAUCCACUAGUUCGCCAAAUACAAGUUCCAGUCCAAGUCCUAAACAAAAACUAAUCAAUCCAAGUUGUUGCCUUUGCUUACGAGAAUUCUCUACCGAAGAUUUUGUCACUCUUCCUCCCAAUCACAUAAGUGGAGGACAAUCCCUUAAAGUCUGCAAAUCUUGUUAUGUGAGGUAUUCCCAAGGUCUACCAAUUCUAAGUUCACCUUAUGAACAUGUUCGUAAUGCUAAGUGCGAACGUUCUUGGAUCCCUAAUAAGGAUCUUCAAUGGGAUGGUUCCAAAGAUAGAUGGGAUUCUGAUCGUAAUUUUAAAACUGAAAAUCGUUUGAUUAAUGAUCCGAAUGGCGAUACUAAAAGGUGUGAAGAAUGCGGAGUGAAAUUUGAAAAUUCUGAAGAAGCAAAAAAACACAAAAUAACUUUACACAAUAAAACACAUGAUAAUGAAUCCAAUACGUACACGUGCAUACAAUGUCAGAUGUCAUUUCCAAGUGAAGCUAUGAUACAACAACACGUAACUAAAGAACAUUUAGAAGUAUCAGGAAAAGGAACUGUUGAUACUUUGAGAUGUCAUCUGUGUCUGUUCGAAGCAAAUAGUCCUCUCCAACUACAGAGCCACUUGAUAGAGCAUACAUUUGCCGGAUGUGCUGCUCUUAAUUGUUAUAUCUGUCAAGCUCUUUUCACCGUGCCUAUUGCCCUGCAGAAUCAUAUGUUGCAAGAACAUGGUUUGAAUGCACGACCUUACGAUUGUUCUAAAUGUACCUCAAAGUUCUUUUUCAAAGCUGAAUUAGAUCAUCACAUAAUAACGUUCCAUCGUAUCGAAGAAAAUUCUACAGUAUCUGAAACAGUGAAAGAAAUGGCAGGAGAAACGAAAAAUCCAAUUAAUAAUGAGGAUCGUAAAUUCGAUGAUAAUAUUACGAUAAAAGAAGAAUUAUUACAAGAAACUGAGGAAGAGGAAGAAGAAGAAGCAGCGGAAGAAGAAGAAGAAGAAGAAGGAGAUGAAGAGGAAGAAGAAGAAGAAGACGAAGAAGUUAACGUGGAUGGACAAUUUGAACAAGAGAAGUUGGCUAAAAAAGAAUUAGCGCAAAAAAAAAUGAUUUUAAAAACCGAAGUCAAUAAACAGAUGGAAUCUGAAAAAGUAGAUACGUGAUUAUUUAAAUUAAAGGAUAAAAUUUGUUUAAAAAAAGAAUAAUGAUUACAGCAAGAAGAC